AUGGAGACCCGCAGCAAACGACUUCGAAGGUUGUCAGAAGUGAACCAUAUCGACAAACUCGGAGACGAUCUCCUCGCGGAUAUUCUGAUUCGGUGCCUCCCGUGCCCUAGAUCCGCCUGCCGCUGCAAAACCGUCUGCAGGCGUUGGAGAUCCCUGAUCUCCAGUCCCAGCUUCAAUCUGGGUUUCGUUUCCUACCACCAGAGCAGGAACGAAUCGCCGCCUCUGCAACUUCACACGCACGAUCCGCAAUUGAUCAUCAGUUUCAUGCCUCGCCUUGAGUUUCGAGUACAUUUCAACUUGAAAGUCUUGGAUUGCUUCAAGGACUUGCUUUUAUGCGGGUUUAUGGCCUUAGAUUACAACAAUCCCGAACUCAGCAGAACGUUCGUGGUCUGCAAUCCGUUUACGGAGCAGUGGUUGGCCCUCCCAAUAGCGCCUAAGAAGCUAAGGCCGUAUGCAGGAUCGACUGCAAGGUUAGUCUGUGAACCACGCAUCUCUUAUAAUCUUGAUCUAGGAGAUUACCAAUCAUUUGUUUAUUCUGAGUAUCGGUUCCGGGUGGUUAUCUUAUACCAAAAUGAGAAUUCGAUAAAACUAGACGUGUUUUGUUCCGAGUCGGGCGAAUGGACAGGGGAGGCUAUUGUUAUUGAUGGUGUCAAACUCCUUAGCAUGAAUGUGGUUUCGUUCCACGGGGAGAUGUUUUGGAUGUAUGCUAGAGCACUAAAGGUAGAUGAUGGCCUGUACAAUCGUUUGUUGGCAGUGUUUAAUCCAUUCCGGCUCGAUAUACCUCCCACUUCGAUUGAUACGUCUACACUGUUUGAGAGUUCGAGGUGGGAUAUUUCGGUCUCACAAGAUGCUUUGCACGUAACUGCAUUUAGAGAGAAUCCUGAUCCGCCACCAGGUUGUUCAUGGGUUGUCUCGAGUGUUUGGAGACUGGAACGAGACCGUAAAUCUUGGACUAAAGUAUUUGAAGGGUUAUUGAAGGCACCAAGGUCUAAGUGUGGCCCUUUGAAGGGUCCAUUUCUCGGUCUGCAUCCAGAGAAGAUGGAAAUUGCCUUCUUCGAAUGUACUACUGAGAAUCCGGUUGCUGUCUUCUCCUGCGACUUGAGGACGGGGGAGCUAGAGUUCGUCGCUGAACUAAAACUAUUUUUACCUCGUUUUAUGGUGUUCCUGCCUAGGUUCCUUUGUUGGCCUACUCCAGUUCCUAGGUACAAGGAACUGCGAGGCAGAUACAAUGGAACUCACAGCUGUUUGACUCAGAGCACCGAGGCAACAACUUCUCCAGGCACUGGUAAUUUAUUUUGUCAGAAGUUACCUUUCCUUUUCCGGGUUUGUGUCUCUUUUAGGUAA